AUCCCUUUCCUAUAUUCUUUUUGCCGCACUUAUACUGCGGGUAUCAAAAUCCGAAAUAACACAGGCAGGUGAGAGCAGAAAUUCGUCCCAGCUAACGUGGAAUAAGUUUCUAAGGAGAAUAGGACUAUCCUCGGGGAAACACAAGAAGAAGAUGACGAGAUUCUUCCACGCAAGGACUAUGAGAGCUUGGAUUAUGACCGAUGUAUCAAUGACCCCUACUUGGAAGUACUGGAAAGCAUGGACAACAAGAAAGGCCGGAGGUAUGAAGCGGUGAAGUGGGUGAUGGUUUUCGCCAUUGGAGUCUGCACUGGACUGGUGGGUCUGUUUGUCGAUUUCUUUGUGCGACUCUUUUCCCAACUUAAAUUCCAUGUGGUACAAACCUCGGUGGAGGAGUGCAGCGAGAAGGGCUGCCUUGCCGUGUCCCUGCUGGAGCUGCUGGGGUUUAACCUGACCUUCAUCUUCCUUGCCAGCCUUCUUGUCCUGAUCGAGCCCGUGGCAGCCGGCUCUGGAAUUCCGGAGAUUAAGUGUUACCUGAACGGAGUGAAGGUGCCAGGGAUAGUCCGUCUCCGGACGCUGGUGUGCAAAGCUCUGGGGGUACUCUUCAGCGUAGCCGGAGGUCUCUUUGUAGGGAAGGAGGGCCCCAUGAUACACAGUGGUGCUAUUGUGGGGGCUGGCUUGCCUCAGUUCCAGAGCAUCUCCUUUAGGAAGAUCCAGUUUAACUUUCCCUAUUUCCGAAGUGACAGGGACAAAAGGGACUUUGUAUCUGCAGGGGCCGCCGCGGGGGUUGCUGCAGCUUUUGGGGCCCCAAUCGGGGGCACUCUGUUCAGCUUGGAAGAGGGUUCCUCCUUCUGGAACCAGGGGCUCACGUGGAAAGUGCUCUUCUGUUCCAUGGCUGCCACCUUCACCCUGAACUUCUUCCGCUCUGGGAUUCAGUUUGGAAGUUGGGGAUCUUUCCAGCUACCUGGGCUGCUAAACUUCGGGGAGUUCAAGUGUUCUGACUCUGAUAAAAAAUGCCACCUCUGGACGGCCAUGGACUUGGGGUUCUUCAUUAUGAUGGGGAUUGUAGGAGGCCUUCUUGGAGCCACCUUCAACUGCCUGAAUAAGAGGCUGGCGAAAUACCGCAUGCGGAACGUGCAUCCAAAGCCGAAGCUGGUCAGAGUCUUGGAGAGCCUGCUGGUGUGUCUAACAACCACCGUUGUAGUGUUCGUAGCUUCCAUGAUUCUAGGAGAAUGCCGGCAGAUGUCUUCCACCAAUCCUAGUGGCAACAGCACUCUGAGCCUUCAGGGUUCUUCAUCAGAGGAUGUGAAUUCAAGCAUCAAGACUUUCUUCUGCCCCAAUGAAACCUACAAUGACAUGGCAACGCUCUUCUUCAACCCCCAGGAGUCAGCCAUCCUGCAGCUCUUCCACCAGGAUGGUACUUUCAGCCCAGUCACGCUCUCCCUGUUCUUCCUUCUCUAUUUCUUACUCUCCUGCUGGACGUAUGGGAGCUCUGUGCCCAGUGGUCUCUUUGUACCAUCACUGCUUUGCGGGGCUGCCUUCGGACGCCUGGUCGCCAACCUCCUCAAAAGCUACAUUGGGCUGGACCACAUCUACUCGGGGACCUUUGCACUGAUUGGUGCGGCGGCGUUCCUGGGAGGCGUGGUCCGCAUGACGAUUAGCCUCACCGUCAUCCUGAUAGAAUCCACCAAUGAGAUCACGUACGGGCUUCCGAUAAUGAUCACCCUGAUGGUAGCCAAAUGGACAGGAGACUUCUUUAACAAGGGCAUCUACGACAUCCACGUGACCCUGCGAGGGGUGCCGCUGCUGGAGUGGGAGACGGAGGUGGAAAUGGACAAGCUGAGAGCCAGCGAUAUCAUGGAGCCCAACCUGACGUACGUGUAUCCCCACACCCGGAUCCAGUCGCUGGUCAGUAUCCUGCGCACGACGGUCCAUCACGCCUUCCCUGUGGUGACGGAGAACCGGGGGAAUGAGAAGGAGUUCAUGAAGGGGAACCAGCUGAUCAGCAACAACAUUAGAUUCAAGAAAUCCAGCAUCCUCACCAGAGCUGGAGAGCAGCGCAAGCGGAGCCAGUCCAUGAAAUCUUACCCCUCGAGCGAGCUGCGCAACAUGUGUGAUGAGCACGUAGCGCCAGAGGAGCCGCCCGAGAAGGAGGAUCUGCUGCAGCAGAUGCUAGAGAGACGAUACACUCCCUACCCCAACCUGUACCCAGACCAGUCCCCCAGUGAAGAGUGGACCAUGGAGGAACGCUUCCGACCUCUGACCUUCCACGGCUUGAUCUUGCGCUCGCAGCUGGUUACCCUGCUCGUCCGAGGAGUCUGUUACUCUGAGAGUCAGUCGAGCACCAGCCAGCCUCGACUGUCGUAUGCCGAGAUGGCUGAGGAUUACCCCCGUUACCCUGAUAUUCAUGACCUGGACCUCACGCUGCUGACCCCACGCAUGAUAGUGGACGUCACUCCUUACAUGAACCCAUCUCCCUUCACGGUCUCCCCUAACACUCAUGCCUCGCAAGUCUUCAACCUCUUUAGGACAAUGGGGCUCAGGCACUUACCAGUGGUGAAUGCGGUGGGAGAGAUUGUUGGAAUAAUAACACGGCACAACCUGACUCAUGAAUUUCUGCAGGCAAGACUGAGACAGCACUACCAGACCAUCUGACCCUGCUGUCGGUAUGGCUCCCUCCUUCCUCCAAGCCUGCACAUGCCCUCGCUUUCUGCUUGGAUGCCCCAUGUCCAAGGACACGAUGGUUGGCUUCUCUCUCACGCAGUCCGGGGACCAGAGAACAUCUCGCUGGCAGAGAGUAGAAGAGUUAUUUAAGUCCUGAGCUGCUGGCCAGCCCCAGAGAGGUGCUUCGUUUGACUGCUCUUGGCCAGAACGCUCUCUUCUCUCCUGCCGUCUCCUUUCAUCAGAAGUUGCCCUGACACUGCUCUUCCUAUAGAAAUGCCUGCGGUUUGGAGGGUAACAAUCUACACCAUGUCCCAUGUGGAGGAGUGCAGCGAAUUUCCCCUCCCCUCUCUUGUUGAUUUCUUCUCCCUCCCCAGUUCUGCUGCAGUAGUUGCCUUACUCGCACGAGAAGGGGUCAUUGUCAAAGCUGAGAUCACCCACUGCAAUUUGCUAAUAUCCUCAAACACUAAAUUGCUGGUUAUUCUCAGUGGCAUUAAAACUACACCUCCUUGGGGGGGUGGGGAAUUUUCUUCCAUCAGGAACUCUUAAUUUUUCACUCUGGCUUCAUGUUUUUCAGUUCAGUUCUUAAAGCCCCUAAUUUCUUAAUGUCCUUCAGGUGCUGGAAUCCCUGCCAUGGAUUUGUCUGACAGCCGCUGGCUGCUGAGAGCAUCUGGGCAAGUCAAGAAUCCAAAACAACUUGGUUCUAAUUACUGUUCUGGGUUAGAAACCCUUAAUGCACCCACAAAACAACUCGGAAAAGAGAAAUUCCGUCAACCUCAUUAGCUGUUGCCAAUGAUUCCCCUUAGAAGAGAAGCCUUUUGUAAGGCACUCUUGUCCCUUCCCUCUUUGGAGCAUUAUGUAGUGCCCUGCUGCAGAGAUCCAGUGAUAAGAGCCUGGUUUCACUCAGGGGUUCUGGAUUCCAGGGGCAUCUUUACAGUUAGGGCUGUGGAGAUGGAGGAAAUCUCUUUUCUCAGCCCGGCAAGCCCCGAGCUCAACAUGGGGCAGAGCAUGAGCGUUACUCCUCCAGCUCAGAUUCAGCAGCGUUGGCUUAUCUCGGUUUCACGGAAGGAGAAGGUGCGAUUCAUGCUGCGGCCAGCCAGAAGGGGCUCUGGGAGGUUGUGACUGCCUACCAGCCAGCCAGCGCUCUGCAGAGCGGUUAAUGGAAGGGCUGCUGGCAGCUCUGAGAGCACUUAGGAUGUUUGUUGCAACCGCAGAAUCACCUGCAGGGUAAAGUCAGCACUUAGGAGCCAGUCGCAGCCAGUCUGGUGCUCUGGCAGGUACCAUCCUGGCAGCACCUGUGUCGUUCCAGCAGGCUCCUGCCGUUGUGGGUUUUGCAUUCAGAUAACUGGGGGAAGCCAGCCUCAUGCCUUCAGGGGCUACAGAACUGAUUGGCUUGAUAAAGCACAGAGCAUUCUUGCUGCUUCCGAGACUGGCCCAGCUAACCUGGGGCAUGCAUCCCAGGAAAGCUUCCCCGCAGCCCUCUUACCAGCCCUUUGGUUAACCUGUUCCACGCCAUACCGGGCUUUAGCUAGCUGCGGAAGGAGCUACUGUUUUAGGAGUAAAACUGAGCCAUCUUGAGGACUCUUCCUUCCAAGCGUAGAGGGAUUGCAAAACCCGUUUUCACGUGUCAGUUGCAGAGUCUGUGAUCUGCCAGCUGAGUUUGUCUGGGGAAGCUCGAUGUUCCUGUGCUGGGCAGCGCUCAUGAGGGCUGUGGCAGAGCACCUCAACCUCUAACUUCUCUAAGGUAAGAGGUAGUGUGCACAGAGCAGAAGUGUCCUUCGUUAAGCAAGUCUCUUCUAGGAAUUGGUGACGCUUUCCCCUGCAGCCCAGUUUGUGGGUGGCUGAGUAGGUACAGGGAGAUCCAGUCUCUGGGGGUAUCUAUACCAUACAAAGAGCCAAAUCGUAGGAGCUGGUUGCAGUUUGUGUUGUAGAUAGGAGAUAACUGUUGUAUCUGCAUUACAGCCUGGACGAAAGAAGUGUAUAGUGGAGGAUGGGCCCCCAGCGGGCAGGGCAGGGCUCAGCUACAUAUUGGUUGAUUCACUUUGGAGAUUUUCUUUAGUCACUUCCAAUGAAAUCCAGCAAACCUUUCCCUGGGUCUUGUCUUUUCCUUUCUAUCUCCCCUCUUCCGAGACUGGCAGCAGGCUUCCUGUGAAGCCCUGUUCCUCCCUGGGUCUGGAGCAGAGGCCUUGGCCCUCCUUGCGUAUCCUGCUGAGUGGAGAGGGAGGAGCCUUGCUACAUGUCAUGCAAAACUUCCCUUCUUCAGCAAGUGACUUUCACCCUCCUGGGUCCAUCUGGUUAUAGCAGGUACCAUCCGAGUUCUGCAUUCCAGCCUGGGUGGCGUCCUGUGUGACCAGGGUGCAUGGAAAACAUUCCUCCCACCUUCCCCGCCUCUCCUCUCUCCCGCCCCCCCCCCCCCCCAUUCCCUCGGCAGCUGGUCAGUCUCCUCCACCAUUCCAAAUAGCCUGUGUGCUCAGAAGAACCUUCCAGGAUAGCCCAAAUGGUGUGUGUUGAUCCUUCAGCUCCCCAGAGCCAAGUAAAGGCAUCUUCCCAGGGCCAGCACCUAUCUUGUACCCCUUCCCCUUGGGCUCCAUAGCUGUGAUGGGAGUGGCUCCCUUGUACUUCUUCAGGCCCAUCUGAAAUAUGGCUCAGUCCCAGCUGCCCAUGCAGUUCUUCAGGGAGAUCUUUAGUUAAUGGAGUCUAAAUGACUGUCAAGGGGGUUGACUUUGGCUUGUGCUUUUGACUUAGGGGGUGCCUUGCUCUACCUAAGUUGACUAAGGGUCUUCAGCCGGUUUCACCCAUAUCUAGAGCAGGCUUGUCAAUAACUCACUUUUCCUGUGCUUUGGGGCAGGAGGAGUACUGGUUUCCAGGGCUUGAAAGUGACUGAACUGCUCCAAGAAACUCCAGGACAUAUCCCCUCCCCCAUUCUCGCCCAAGGUGAACUGGAAGUUUGAAAUAAGUGUGUGUGGCACUAGGUUCUGGCACCUAGACAGUCCCACAGUGCAGUAAAGCAAUCCCACUUCAUUAGGGUUACCUUAGCGAUCGGGCAUUUAAGGCACAAACCACGAGAUGCGGCAGCCAGGUGCACCCUCUGUCUCUUCAUAAGCCCAGUGAGAGAUCCGGUCCCUCUCCCUCUACUCAGUUGCUGUGUGAGAGUUCACUUACCUCCCUGCCCCCACUAAAAUUGGGUUUGUUAACGUUGUCAGUUGCCUUUGCCCGUCAUGUCCUGUUUAUUCAGUACAUGAGUCGUGGCAAUAUAUUUUGCCACACCAUGUCUUGGCCUCACUAAUGAGGUCAUGGAGCUAGGAACCCCAGGCAAGCCAAGCUGAAACAUCUUGCUCAGGUAUGUCUGGACGCCAGCUCUGCCUUCCCUUAUGAAGGGUGCGGACUCCAUCCCGUGCUCGGCCGCACCUGCUCUGCCUAAGCAUCCAUCUUACUAAAAACCUAUCGCUCGAGGAAACCAGUUCCUUUCGCUGCUGCAGCCAGGAGAACGUAACUGGCCACUAUGGCAUUCUGCUAGCCGCUUGAAAGAAAUUCACAAAUGGCCUCGCCAGGUGAGCUCAACGCUAUUGCAUAUAGCCCAUCGCAGGGAAAGUUCCUCGUUCAGAAAUGAAGGGGUGCCUGGAUGCUCUUCUCUGAGUGGGGUUCUGAGAUGCAUCCUAGCCAACGGCUCUCGCAUGUGCCACUUACGAAGGGUGCAAAGGAUCCCAGAUCCUCUCCUCAGUUGAGACUGCUCAAACUUAGCUGACCACUGAACUCCCUUCUCGCAAACCUUAACUGCUUCUGGUCUGGCACUGAUGGCUAAACAGCUGACAAACUCUACAGGUGUCUGUUGUUCUUAUCAGAGUAACACUAAGGGUGAGAGUCCACGUAGUGGAUCAGUAUUGAUGGCAGAAGCUUGGGAUAGUAGAGGGUGCUGUCUCCUGCUUCCUGUGCAGUGUUAACGCGGGGUAGCAAGUCUUAGCUCCUCUGUACUAUGAGCCAUGCCAGGGGCAGCCACUUAUCAUUUGUUUUGCACUGUUUUGUUACGAGAUGUAAGCUGAUUCCACCGUGUAUAUAAACUGUAUUUUUGUUAAAUUUGUAUGAAUAUAUUUUUUAUUUGAACUUUGGCACUUGGGAUGUCGUCCUGUAACCAUAACAUGUCAGAGUAAAAUGUCGUCAUGUGUCCUUCUGCA